AUGGAGAAAUAUGCAUCAAAUGUACAUCCACGUCAAUGGUUUCUGCGCAGGAAAAAAGUUUUUCUGGAAGGCCUGACCAAACAACUCAUGUUUUAUAACUAUGAAGGAUUGCGGCCGCAGAAAGGAGGAAAUUUUUCGGAUUUCUCUCCUGAACAAUUCAAAAACAGUAUCGAAUAUGCUAUAAGCGUUAUCAUUGAGCUUUUCGACUUUCCCAAAAAUGACAUUGAAGGCUUCAUGCGGAUUGCAUGUGCCGAAAUUGUCACAACAUUGCUGCUGUACUGCACAACGGAGAAGCCGCAGAUAACGCUUGCACUGGACGCCAUAAUACAGCUCUGUGAAAGUGAUCACGAGUCGGUGAUGGGCGAAGCACUGCCGCUGCUGCUGGCCAAACAGCUUAUCGAUGAUCUGUCAACCGAAAUGAUGCAGCGUGCACUGGAAUUUAUCGGCGAAUAUAGCAACGGUGUUUGCAUUUGGGUUUGUUCUUUGACGAUUUUUCGAAAUUUUUUUGAUCCAUCGUGA